ACUGAACACAGAAUGGCAAAUCUUACUUCUUCCACCUCUAAUUUUCUGCUGCUGGAAUUCUCUUCAGACCGAGAACUGCAGAUCCUACACUUCUUUGUGUUCCUAGCUUUGUACCUGACAACCCUGGUGGGGAACCUUUUCAUCAUUGUGAUAAUAGCCAUUGACUAUCGCCUGCAUACUCCAAUGUACUUCUUCUUAAUGAACUUGGCCAUUUGUGAUCUUGGUACGAUUUGUGUCACUGUACCCAAAUCCAUGUUCAAUUCACUCAUGAACAGCAGGCUCAUUUCCUUUUCUGAAUGUGUUGCUCAAGUCUUCUUUUUUUUCCUCUUUGAAGUAUUAGAUUUUGUCCUCUUAACAAUCAUGGCACAUGAUCGCCACAUUGCCAUUUGCAAUCCACUACAGUACGAAAUAAACAUGAACAAACAAUCCUGCAUACACAUGGUAGUUAUUACAUGGAUCAUUGGUCUUUUUUAUGCCAUUUUACAUACAAGUGGUACCUUCUCCAUUAGGUUUUGCUCCAAUACUGUUAAUCAAUUCUAUUGUGAAAUACCAAAACUACUGCAACUGUCUUGCUCUAACCUGUAUCUUAUUGAAAUGGGACUGCUUGUAAUUAGCUCAGGUGCAGUUAUUGGAUGCUUUGCCUUCAUUAUUGCUACUUAUGUGCAGAUCUUUUCUGCAGUCUACAGAAUCCUUUCCAUACAGGGACAGAAGAAGGCCCUCUCCACUUGCCUCCCUCACCUCCUGGUAAUCUCUCUGCUUACAUCCACUGGCCUCUUUGUCUAUGCAAGACCCCCCAGUAAUAUUUCCUCUACUCUGGAUUUACUCCUUGCUGUUCUGUAUGCUAUAGUUCCUCCUAUGUUGAAUCCAUUCAUUUACAGCAUGAGAAACAAAGAGAUUCAGACUGCACUGUGGAAGUUAGUAAAACACUAACUUAACAGCAGCAAUAUUAAUAACAGCAAGGAGUGGGAAAAUAAAAGGUGAAUUUUAUUUGUGAACAAGGUCUAUUAAGUCUUUUGAAUGGUGCCAAGGACUGACAAACCAAUCACGUUGUUCUCUUAUUAUAUCUAAGAUGCCCUCAAGUCUCAACUUGCUUCUGCCUCCUUCUGCUAGCUCUACCCCAUUUAGUGCAAAGCCAUCCUGGAAUUUAUGUUGUAAGUAGAAACCAUGGAAUACAGGGGUCUGCCUACCUGUGAAGCUCUUCUGCCUUCUCACCUGUUGCUUCUCUGGCAACCUUUUGCCAUCAUUUCAGUGGCUACUCCAUCCGAGGUCUGCUG